AUGCAAAAUCAAACGGCUCCGAAGAAAACUAUGGCAAAGAUGGUUGCCGCCUACGACUAUCAACAGGGAACUUAUGAUACGGUAAGGGAUUACUCUAUUAAAAACUGAAUAGACUAGACAUUACAGAUGAACAAUGGUUCGGAAUCUGUCUACUACGCCUCACCGGUAACAAUGGAGAAGACUGAAAAGGUAGAAAAGAAAAAGCCGGAAGGGACCAUUUUCAACUUUGCUAAAGGGUCCAAUCCAAUCUUCUACUUUCACAAAAAAGAUUAGACGAAAAAAGUUAAGGUAGGAACACUCUCCGAUUGCUCCUAACACAACUCGCACCUUCAGACUCCGCCUGCUGCUCCUUGGCAUCCGUUCCCGUCCGUCCCACUGCUGA